AUGAGGGAGGUGAUGAGAGUUGGCGUCGAGAUGGCCUUAGGCGGCUUCCAAUCGGCGGAAUUUUGCUCUUACCACAAGAUACAUAAGAUAUUGCAAUUUUACGAUAACCUCGAACUGUUGGAAUGUGAUCCGUAUUAUAUGUUGAACCUCGAACUGUUGGAAUGUGAUCCGUAUUAUAUGCACAUAUUCAAGAUUCCAUAUUAUAUACAGAUCAUAUACAGUUAUUUCAAUUUGUAUUGUACGGGUUUGUCUGGAUUGGACCCCGUCUCUCGAAACACAAUGACUGCAGUGCUGGCCGGGUCAGUUGUUUUUAUACGCUUCCCACUUUCUGCAUCUUUUUUGUCCGCAAGUGGGUCCGAUUGA